AUGUGGACUUGCCGUCGUCUUUCGUUGCGCCUGUCAACUACUGUGCGCAGCUUUCGCUCAAGUUGCAUUUCAUUCACCUCAAGCGGUAGUCAUCUGUCGGAUGUGUCUAUUGAGUCCUUGUCCAUUAGUCAACGAUCUAAGGAUGUGCUUAUGCGUGACAUGGGCUAUAAGUUUCUAACGCAUGUUCAAAAGGACACGCUGUCUCUGGCGCUGAAUGGCUGUGAUGUACUAGCUAAAGGCAAGACAGGUAACGGCAAAACUAUCGCUUUCCUUCUGCCUACAAUAGAGCGCAUGCUUAAUCAUCAGCAUUCUAAGGAUAAGAUCUCGGCCCUUGUGAUUUCUCCGACACGAGAGCUGGCACAACAGAUUGCAGUUGAAGCAGUAAAACUCACAGACACUCAUGGACUACACACGUCCUGCUUUGUGGGUGGUAAUUCUGUUAGAGAAGACAUGAAGGAGCUGGAACGUCCUGGUGGCAUCGACGUGCUGGUAUCGACCCCAGGAAGACUGCAAGCGCAUCUAGAGGACAAUAGUGCACGCAUCAGACAGAAACUAGACAAAUUGCAGGUACUGGUGCUGGAUGAGGCGGACCGCUUGCUCGACAUGGGAUUUCGGUCCAACAUAAUCCAAAUUAUUAGUUUUCUGCCAAAGACGCGGCAAACACUGCUUUUCAGUGCAACGCUACCAGCUACCACCGACAAGCUAAAAGAUAUAGCUUUGCGAAAUGACUAUGUCUAUGUGGAUACAAUUGAAGGUAAUGACCAGCAUACUAACACGCAGGCUAUUCAGGAAUUUAUUGUGUGCGACUUGAAAGAUGUCAUUUCGGUAGUAGAAAGUGUAUUAGAAGCGCACAUGAAGUUGCGAGCGUAUAAAAUCAUUGUCUUCCUGCCAACUGCUCGAUCUGCGCAAUUCAUGGCUCAAUUGUUCCAAGUUGCUGGCUUUCCUAAUGUGUUGGAGAUGCAUUCACGCAAGAGUCAAUCUGCGCGCUCGAAGGCUGCCGAAGCUUUCCGAAAGGGAAAAAAGAUGAUCAUGUUCUCGUCAGACGUAUCGGCGCGGGGUGUUGAUUACCCUGACGUAUCGCUAGUCGUUCAAGUUGGUCUUACAGAUCGUGAUCAAUACAUACAUCGGCUAGGACGAACCGCUCGUGCGGGUAUGGAAGGACGUGGAGUUUUGGUGCUCGCCGACUUUGAGACAGCAAUGCUUCGUGAUCUCGCGGAUCUCCCACUUGCUGAAUUGAAGCUGCAAUCUCAUCCUGAUCAGCAUAGCUCUCGUACCACGCGUGUUCUUGCAAAUUCUCGCACAUGCUGCGAUCUGAAACAAUCAGCAGAGAAAGCUUAUGUUGCUUUUUUAGGAUUCUACAACUCGAAUUUGAAGAAGCUGAGAAUGUCGAAAUCGAAGCUUGUCGAGACUGGUGCACUUUAUAGCAAGCUGAUUGGGCUGGAAAAAGUACCGCUGCUGCAGAAGAAGACACUGCGGGCGAUGGGGUUAAUAAACACUCCAGGCCUUGUACCUGCUUCAAAAGAUAAGGGGUAG